UCCGAUUUUAAGUUGAACGUACAAUAAAAACCGCGGGACGUAGAAUUCGAAUAAUUAAGUUCAAAUCGAAAGUUAUCCUCCGAUCGUUCGAAAAGGAUAAUAUUCCUGGUCCAACGAACGUAUUGAGAGAAUCGAGGGAGCAUUUAAGAAUGUCAGGUGUACACAGGCAAGAAUUAAAUUCGUUGCAGCCUGGCGCGCAAAACGCACUUGUGAUCGGCAUAAUCAUGCACAGUUUUAAUAUGAAAACGUUCGAUAGCACAAGGUCGAGAUUUAAUCAUGGUGAACGUGGCGUGUGGACGUUCACGUUACGGGACUCCGAGGAGGAUACCAUAAACGUCACUGUAUGGGGCAGCGUGCAAUUCGUGAAAAAAUUAUCUUCCAAUUUCCAUAUAGGCAGCGUAGUGGAGGUGAUCAAUCCGAAAGUGUUGGAACGCCGUCCGGAAGAUAGAAACGAGCUUUUUGUACCGUCCGUCUCCAGUCAGUGCAAUCUGACGGUAAACGAGGGCAAGGCGUUAGUGCAGGCUCAUGACGCACCAACACGCUCAAAGUACGAGCCCCUUCUGAUGCUCCCGAUUAGGAGCUUAGCCACGACGCGAUGUCUGAAAAGCAUUUUUGAAAACCUGGAGACGCUGCGCGAUCAAUACGUAGACGUUUUGGUCGUCGUCACGUUCAUCGGCGAUAUUCGUAACGUAAUUACACGGGACGGAAGAAGCAUUCGAUUCCGUAAUUUCGAGGCAGCAGAUGGAUCCACGGAUGAGGUGGCAUCUUUGGUGCUCUGGGAGAACGAAUGGAUCAACAGGGCUGCGUACUGGGGGCCUAGACGGACGGUACUUCUCUUCACGGACGCCCGAAUCGCAUAUGAUAAUUUUAAGAAGACGAUCGUGUUGUCGAUAGCUAGAAAAACUCUGAUCAUCGAGAACCCCGACGUGCCAGAAGCGACGACCGUCAGAGAUUCGGUGCGAUACUACGACCCGGACGUAAUGUCCGGAAACACGUUCGCGACGCCAAACCCGGACAGUAUCUCCACCGUAAUGACGAUACAAGACAUUUCGAAUAAGUUGAACAAACAGUCGAAGGAAGGGAAAAGAAUUCAAUUCGCUGCAAUUCUGAAGGCGUACAUAAUGGACAUGAACGUCGACAGCUUGAAUCCUGGAAUCAUAUCUAGGAGAUGCGCUUUAUGCAAAAGAACGGUCCUCGACGAGAACGAUUCAUGCAUGAACCUUGAGUGUCCGUCAGGCAACGGUUCGCGUGUCCCCAUGAACGUAAUGAGCCUUAAUUUGAAGGUAAAUCUGAAAGACGACACUGGGUACCUUAUUGGUUGCAAAUUAUCAGGAGACGUGGCUGAACGCGUCCUUGGUUGCACGGCCGCUGAGUUCCAGGCGAUGAUAAUACCUCAACGCGAGGACUUAAAGUGGAAGUACGCGUUGGAGAAAUGCGAGAUCCGCUUGCACAUCCUCGGGCCAACGUCCGCUUUUCCAAACGCCGUUUAUAACAUCCUGUCGAUCAUCAGUAACGAAGACGAAGACGAAAACGGAAAUACACAGCCGCUCGACGAGUUCAUCGAUAUGAACGUUUAAAUACUUUAUUGAUC